UAUCUAUUUGAUCAUUUAGAGGUAGGGUUACGUUGAUGUCCUCAGUCGUACCGGCGCCUCACUCGUCAUUCGGGUUCUUCGACAUUUUCCUUCACAAAAUUCUCACUCUUCAAUUCAAAUCGUUGUCAUAGCAGCCGUGUUUGUUGGAUUGUGUUUGCUCCGACCAUACUGUACUGGUACAUCGUAGUAAGGAAGAGCGAAGCAUUUGGCAGUGACUGUAUACAAUUCUGUGAAGAUCAAGAGAAGAAGAAGGAGAGAAGAGAGCGACCAUGGCGCUAUUGCGUUACGGCAACAUCAUUUUCUUUCGUUUUUGAAGGAGCCACUGUGCGACUGAUUUAUAUCCACGUAAUUUCUGUUACUUUUAGUUUUCCACGAUGGGCGCGGUCUGCUCGAUCCACAAUGACACCGUGGAUGAAACGGUGAUGGUGUACAUUGGAGUCAACACCAAGGUGCUCCAGCCUCUCUUGUGGAGUAUCACGGGACUAGCUACUGCCUUGAGUGGUGGCGUGGCUGUGGGGACUUUUCCCGCAGCGGUAAGUGUGACUGUGGCAGGAGAGGCAGUCAUGGUUUCUGUCAGCGCCAUCACCGCAGCUGCAGGAGGAUUAGUCAGUGCUUCUAAUUUUGUACUAGAGGCACUGCAGACCAAGCUAGUCAAUGACUUGACCAAGGGCGGAUACCACAAACUUCUACCAGGUCAGACCUAUACAACCCAAAAGUUGUCGCCUGCUCUCAAUCUCAGAGUCUGGUUGGUCCGAAUACACAAAACUGAAAAUGCCAUUCUGAUCAAGAGAUGCGAUUCGUCUGUCUGGACCGGCACUAAACCAGGAUCUGCAAACAUUUACAGAGUCAGGGACAAACUGCAGUUCCGUCAUUGGAAAAGCCAUGAAACCAUCCCCACAAACUACCAAUACAUCCCCAAGGAAACUCAGCAGCACGGGACAGAGGAAGAAGAAGAAAAGAAGGAACAACAUACACAAGAGCACCAAGAUCAUGGGCAUGACAGUGAAGAUCACGAGUUUACCAUUCUCAACUCGGGAAUGGUCCAUUGUCAGUGCAAAAUUGUAGAAACGACGCAUUGGCCAGAAGAGACCAAUGGCGACGGGCAACACCAACCACUGGAUGAUUCUGAUGCGUGGGUACAAGUGGAUGCUGUCACGGACAAGUGAAUGCGAAAGAGCACUCACAGAGGCUAGCUAGCGACUUCCUGUUGUAGUGUGAUCAGGGAAACAGGAAGCUAGAGUUUUCUUGGCAGCCUCAGGCGACCGUUGCAAUCGAGUCCACGACGACGGCGAACAACUACCUGCCUGUUUGGCCUUAGGCCGUCUGCGAUCCAUCUGUAGCACGCAACAAUCGGCGCUACCGAAAGAGAAACGGAGGUUCUGGCAAGCAUGGGUCCAUCGAAGCAUUCGCUUCAGAGCUGGCUGUUAUUGGCCUAAACGUAGCAUGUCGUUGCUCUUUAUUAUCUGCAGGCGCUUCACCUGGCAUUAAAAUCUAUUGUCUUAGCUAAUUGCUCUGGGGAUUCUUCUCAUCAU